AUGGAUGAGAGACUUGGGAUGGGGGACAAAAUUGGACCUGCCCUCUUGCAAGCGAUCGAGAAAUCAAAGGUAAGGAAACAACAGAAGAGUUAUGCAGUUGCAUUUGCUCAACUUGAAAAACGUUUCGAGGACAACAUGGACAAAGUGCUCAUGUGGAGAAAUGCCUUGAAGGAAGCAGCCGAUAUGUCUGGCUUCGAUAAUUCAAAAAGAACAGGGGCAGAGGCUGAUUUCAUUGAGAAAGUUGCUGAAGAUGUUUUGACCAAACUGAAUCGCACAUCUUCUUCAAGUGAUUCCGUGGAAUUGGAUGCAUUUCGAUUAAGGCAAAUUGAGGAAAUUGAAUCGUUAUUAUGCAUUGAUUCACCAGGUGUUUGCACUGUAGGCAUUUGGGGCAAGAUUUCGCUGAAGACCGUUGGUGAUGAAUUAUUUCACCGGCUGUCUGGUCAAUUUGAAGCUACUUGUUUUCUUGCAAAUGUUAAGGAGGAGUCAAAAAGACAAGGACUGAAUCACUUGAGAAAUGUACUUCUUCGUGAGAUAUUAAACGAAAAAGAUCUAAGUAUCGACACUCCAUCUGUAUCCCCGUUUAUUCGAGAAAGGCUCAGUCGUACAAAGGUCCUCAUUGUUCUUGAUGAUGUGAAUGAUUCAAGCCAGAUAGAAUAUCUAGCAUGUGGUGGUCAUCAUAAGUUUGGCCCUGGAAGUAGAAUCAUUAUAACAACUAGUGAGAGGAGUCUACUUAAGAAAACUGUUCAUCAUGAUAAGAUUUACAAGUUUAGUCGUAAGUACAGAUUGAUUUCAUCGGCAAUGAAGAUUGGUGUUUCCGUCAGAGAUAGGGCUGCAGCCUUAGCCGCACCGUACGUACACCAGUAG